UGCUUACAAUACGAAACCCCCCUUUAUUUGAAUAACUCCCUAAAAUUACUGUACAGAAGAACAUUUGGUAUUGGAAACAAAGGCUUGCCUUGUUUUGGCAAUCAUUCCCAGUGGACUUAUUUUGUCCGCAGACUUGCUAAUCCAGCUGCUCCCUAGCUGUUUUAAUUUAAUCAUUAAAUCAUUAGUAGUGGUCAAGUUAGCUUAAUUUGCAUCUAGCUGGUAUAUGAACAAUAUUACAACUUUUUCAAUCCUAAAAUCACAAUUUUUUUCUAAUCACUUGUGAUAUGUGUAGGUAUUUCGUUGUUGUUGAUGACAUAUGGGAUAUCACAGUUUGGAAAAGGAUUAGAUGUGCUUUGCCGGAAACUGAUGUUGGAUACACAAUUAUUACAACUUCCCAUAUUUCUAAUAUUGCUGAACAAGCCGGUGGUGCUUACAAGUUGAAACCCCUUUGUUCGAACAACUCUCGGAAGCUAUUUUUUAGAAGAAUAUUUGGUAACGAAAAGAAAGACAACAAUGAAGAAAUAGAAAAAUGUCCUGAUGAUGAACUGGCAGAAGUAUCUAACAGAAUACUGAAGAAAUGUGCUGGUGUGCCCUUAGCAAUUAUUACAAUGGCUAGUUUGUUAGCUUGCAAAGCAAGAAAUAAACUGGAGUGGUAUGAGGUGUACAACACUGUUGGUACUGGUAUGGAAAACAAUAUGGAUGUGGAGAAUAUGAGAAAGAUUUUGUCUUUUAGCUAUUAUGAGCUGCCAUGCCAUCUAAGGACUUGCUUGUUAUAUUUAAGCAUGUUUCCUAAAGAUUUUGAGAUUGAUAAGGAUCAUUUAAUAACAAUGUGGAUAGCUGAAGGUUUUAUCCAAUGUGAGAAACAGGGGAUCGUCAGAAGGUUUUGAAGAACCAGGCCAAGAAAAGUCUUAAGGACCGGUUGAACCGACGCCUCUAUUAAUAGCAUCGGUGCAUGCAUCAGUGCAUGCGUCAGAAGGUUUAGGAGGCUGAGGCUGAAGAAACCCUUAAGGACCGGUUGAACUGAUGCCCCGUCGGUGCAAUGACGCAAGCUGUUAGAAGACAUUGAAGUUCAAUGGCUAGUAGAGGAGGUCAGUGUGACUGACGCAUAUGAUCGGUUUAACCGACACCUACGUGCUUUUUCUGGAAAAAGCAUGUAACGGCUAGUGGAAGUUGAGUGGA